AUGGAGGCUGAAGGGGGAAACGAAUCUAUACCAAUUGAGGUAGAAGGAACUGGAGUGGGGUUCGAAGCGGAGGAGGAAGUGAAGAGAGAUCCUAGGAAGCUGGUUUCCUAUAAGGAUCAACUCCUUCGUGUCAAUGGUGUUUGGGAUGGUAAUCUUGAGAAUGAAGAGGACGAUUGGUUGGCGGAAUGCAAAAGAGAGGAGCUCGAGGAAGAAGAGACUAUGAAGGUGUAUGAGCAGAAAAGGGAGGACGAUCUUUUAAAUCCGUUCUACCAAUUCGAUGUGCUGGAAAAACUUGAGCAAUGCAAGAGAUGGAGGAAGGCGUUGAUAGUUAAGCUUAUGGGGAAGAGGUUAGGUGCGAGAUUCUUGUGGAAUAAAUUACAUAAGCUCUGGAACCUAGAAGGGGAGUAUAGGGUUUUAGAUCUGGAAAAUGAUCAUUAUAUGGUCGAGUUUGAAAAAACAAAGGACUAUCUCUUCGUUCAACAACAGGGGUCGUGGGUGGUGGCUGAUCAUUAUCUCAUAGUGCAGAGAUGGAGACCCAACUUCGACCCCUAUGAUGAUAGAAUGAGGAAGAUGGCGGUUUGGAUCAGAAUUCCAUGGGUUCCUAGGGAGUUCUAUACUCAUAAAGACCUAUGGAGAAUGAGGAAUAUGGUGGGGAAAACCCUGAGGAUUGAUGAAAGCUCUCUCAGGAUUAGUGGUCAAGGACAACUCGAGGAGAUCACUGAUAGGGGAAGGUUUGCCCGAAUUUGCGUGGAAAUUGACUUGAGCAAAAACCUACUCUCAAAAUUUAGACUAGGCCAAAGACAGUUGUAUAUCGGGUAUGAGGGACUUCAUCUAAUAUGCUUCUUGUGUGGUAAAUAUGGGCAUAGGAAGGAUCAAUGCCAAAUGAAUCCUGACAAUUUGAAGAAGGUAGAGGAAGUUUCUAGGGGAGUGGAUCACUGUAAUCAACCGAACCACAACCAGAAUGAGGCUAACCCCAAGGAAGGAAUUGAGAAGAGUCAAGAAGUAGAUGGUUUUGAGAACUGGAUGACUGUCCAGAGAAGAAAUUUUAAAAGACCUGCUCAGAACCAGAAAUCUAAGGAAGGCCCUGUGAGCAAGGAGAAAUCUAAUUCAGAGGAGAGUGGUCUUCUUUCUAAGGAUCAUGCCACUGGUUCUAGGUUUGGUCCUUUAGAAGGAGAGUCAGAAGAGAGAAUUCCUAGAAGUAAUGAUAAUCCCAAAGGGGCUGGAACGAGUAACAGUAAGAUUUCAGGUGAAUCGAGCCAACCAAAAAAAAGUCAGGGUGGAAAGAAAAAGAAGAAUAAUACAGAGAAUAACUUGGCCAGGCAAGUGCAUGGAGAUGAAUCCAAAGGUUUGGGGAAAAAACCAAUUAGCUUUGUCCCUCAGGAGAGCUCUAGGGGAACCACACAGAAGAAGCCUUUGAGGGAAGCUCUUCCGAUUGAAAGGGGAAGGAAUAAGGGGAGUAUGCAGGUUGAGGCUGUUUCUGGAGCUAAAGUCUUAACCAGUAGCUCAUGA